GGAAGAGAGUAGUCAGCAGGGGCAGGAGGAGGCAGGACUUCCUGGUGGAGGGGAUUGUCAACACCCUGAAAGAGAGAACAGAAGAGAAGCGAGCGCUGGACGGACAAAGCCAAGCGGCGGAGACGGCCCCCCGGACACACACGGUGCCCCCGAGACCCCCUGGGUUCGGCCCGGGGUCCCAGCUUCCUCGCUCUGGACGCCCCCGCCCCAGGACCCUCAGCCAGAAGGAGAGGCCUGGCUGGACUGUCCCCCCUUCCCGCCCCCCGGCCGAGGGGGCUGCGGACGCUCCUCCCGGGAUUAUUCUAUUUUUGGGGGGUGGGGUGGAGAAGGGGUUUGCAGCGGAGAUGAGUCCUUCGAGGCCCAGGAGAAGGCCCCGGAGGGCCGAGCGGGAUUGAGUCCCGCCAACCGGGAUCCCCAAUCUGCCCUCCUCGGCCCCCACAAACGGCUCCGGGCUUGAGGAAAGGCAGGUCGCCCGCCGGACAGGCCGCUGGCCCUCCAGCCCCCACAGUUGGCCCACCCCGCUCGAGGACUAGCGGCCUCUGCGGUGCCCAGACAGCCUCGGCUGGCCGACUCGUCCGCGGGCUUGGGCGCCCUCGACUCUCAACCACGACCUUUCCCCUCUCCCCCGCUCUCCCACCGCCGAUGCCGGGCCCUGAUGUCCCGGGGGGUCCCGACCCCCCAGCCCCUUGGCCCCGCAGUCCCCGGGGGUCGUGAGCCCCUCACCGGCCCAAGCCCCCGACCCUUCCUCGGGGGACCAUGAGCGGGGGCAAGAAGAAGAGCAGCUUCCAGAUUACCAGCGUCACCACCGACUACGAUGUCCCCUUGGCGGGGGUCUCCCCGGGGACCCCGGCCCCCCGCUUCCCCGACGGGGAGCCCACCCAGCAGCAGCAGCAGCAGCAGCAGCAGCCCCCAGGGACCCAGGCCUCCCGGUUCCGCGUGGUGAAGCUACCCCAGGGUCUGGGGGAGCCCUACCGUCGAGGCCGCUGGACCUGCCUGGACGUCUAUGAGCGGGACUUGGAGCCUCCAGGCCUGGGCCGCCUCCUGGACGGGGCGCGGGGGCCGGGGGCCGGGGGCCGCUCCCUCGACUCCAGGCUGGAGCUGGCCGGCCUGGCCCUGGGGACCCCGGCCCCCGCCCCGCUGCCCGGACCCCAGUCGGCUCCCCGCCUCCGAUCCCCGACCCCCGGCCCUCAGGCCCGCUCCUUCACCGGGGGGCUGGCCCAGCUGGCCGCAGGACCCGGGAGGGCCCAGACCCCACCCCCGGGCCCCGGUCCCCCACCCCACCUGCAUCACCCCCAUCACCCCCACCAGCCGCCCCCUCCCCCGGAGGGCCAGUGGGACCCCGGGGCCGGCGAGGGCACGGGCCCCUCGCCUCGAGCCUCCACCCCGGUCCCUGCUUUGAGGCUGGAUGCCGACGGGGGGACCCCGGCUUCCACGCCCCCGACCUCCAGGAGGAAGGAUGGGACCACCUGGCCGAGGAAGGACGCCGAGGACCGGGGCAUGCUUCCUCUUGGGGGGUCCCGCCCCUCCUCCCCGGCCCUGUCCCUGCUCCGGGAAGGCAGCCCCGCCCGGAAGACCCCCGACCCCUUCGGCGUGGCCGCCCAGCGCCUCGGCCUCUUCGUCAUCGGGGGGUCCGUGGACAGCGACGAUGACAGCGGUUCUGGGAGUAUGGUGGCCAUCGACAAUAAGAUUGAACAAGCCAUGGACCUGGUGAAGUCCCACCUGAUGUUCGCGGUGCGGGAGGAGGUGGAGGUUCUCAAGGAGCAGAUCCGGGAGUUAGCUGAGCGCAAUGCGGCCCUGGAGCAGGAGAACGGCCUGCUCAGGGCCCUGGCCAGCCCGGACCAGUUGGCCCAGCUCCCGCAGCCGGCCCCGCGACCCCCCGGCCCCCCGGCCCCCAAUGGACCCUCCUCCUGAGCACCCCCCACCCGCUGCCAGCCCCUCACAAUGUGCCUUUGGGGCGGGGGGGGUCCCCAAGCCCAGCCCGCCCCCUCAUUUUUGCAGCUCUACUCUCCCCGCCCUGCUUGAGGGUGGGGAAGGGGCCGGGGAGCAGGGGGCACCCGGUCUGGUCACUAUUAUCCCUUCCCCUCCUCCCAUCACCCCAAGACACACAGACACACUCAUGAGCCCCGGGACCUCACAGCCCCCUCCCCAAAUUUUUCCAAGCAGGCCUCCCUGAGGCCCGGGGGCUCCUGUCCCCACCCCCCGGAGGCCCUCGGCUUGGAGCGAGAGAGUGUGGUGGGCGGACGAUGGGGCGGGGGGUCGUCCUGUGCGGGAAGCUUUUCCUUGGACUAGGGAUGGGGGUCCCGGUUUGGGAUUCAGGUUGUUAUUAAAGUAAUAAUUAUAAUAAAAAAAAAACCUUUCGGAAGGAA